AUGGGGAGCGGCCAACAAGGAGAGAAUGAGCUGGGAGGAGGAAGAUCAUCAAGUUCUGGAAGUUCAAGGAGAGGAAAGAAAAGCAGUAUGGAUAGAACAAUAAAGCAGCCUCAGAGAGGACUUGGUGUGGCUCAGCUUGAAAAAAUUAGAAUUCAAAGCCAGAUGAUGUCUAAUUACAGUCAACAAUCAAUUUAUCCUGCUUUUCCUAAUAAUAUCACCAUGGUGGGAUAUGGAGAGAGCAGAGGUGAAGAUAUUACCUUUGGUGACACUCAGUUCUGUGUUUCACCAAGGUUUCAUCCAAAUAGAAGCGGCAGUGUAUCACAGACAAGCCAUUUUGGACCAGUGACUUUGCCACUCAUGGAGGAUUUUGUGCAGAGGAGAAAUAGAAAUGACAGAAGCUAUUCUGCCGGGUCAAACAGCCAAGUAUCGGAUUCCAGCAACUUGCAAGAGUUGGAUUUGGAGCUGAAGUUAUCAAUUUAA